AUGACGUCAGCAUCUCCUCCUCGCCCUGUUGGCGAUGCGAGCGACCCCCGCUCUCGAGCGACACCCUCCAGCCGAAGUGGAGGUAGCCGUCAACAACAACAAGACGCUUCGCAGGAGAAACAAGGAGAUGAUUCGCAAGGGGACGCAAGCAGCAGCGCCACUAUCGCUAUCGGGCUUGACGGCAAGCCGGUCAUGCUCUGCGGGUCGUUGUUCUUUGCCCUCCCGGACGGCGGGGCUGUGCUGUACAGGCUCGAGGGCGAGGCAGACGGGCCAGAGGCCGCGUCUAGCGAGGAGCUGGAGACGCCCGCGAAGACCGCGCUGGCGUUCACGCUGCCCGUUGCUAACUGGCUUCGACGUGGUCAAAGGUUCACAAUGAAGGCCGUUCUCGAGUCGGGGGCUUCUUCAUCGACAACGCUAUCCGGGGCCAAAACCAUAGAGGUACCGGCGCUUGCGACGAAGGACUUCGCGCUGCGGUUCUUGGCCUUCAAGGAAGGCGUCACCACCGCCACGGUUACCUUCACCAACAACGAGACCGACGAGUAUCUAUUCCACCGCCUCACGUUCAAGGUUACGCCCCCUAACGUCCAGGAGACGAUCGUGCUAGAGGGGUCUGUGCGCAGCCUCACGCGCCGCCUGAUCACGGUGGCGAACCCCCUGCGUCCGGACGAGCCCAUCACCUUCCCGACAGGAGACCCCGCUGCUGCUGCCGACAACGCCGGUCCUGCAGGCGGUGUUGGAACCGCCGCCGCAGGCGGUCACGCUGAGGGUUGGUGGAGAUGCUCGUCCCCGCAUGUGCGCCUGGUGCGCGUCGGGGAAAUGGCCGGCAACUUGGAAGGCGUGUUCGCGGUGGACUACCGGCCCCUCGUGGCCACUGACGACCAGAAGCCACAAGAGGCGGAACUUAGCUUCGACAUCCAAGAGCUGGGAACUUACAGGUAUACCCUUCAGCUUUCCGCCAAAUCGCCCCCUUCGAGUUCCUCCCUGCGUUUCGAAUCAGCUCUCGGGGCAACCCAAUCCGAGGCGUUCGUGAUGAAGGUCUUCAACGCUUCGGCUGCCGAGCCAGUGGAUUUCGAGUGUCACCUGGAAGGUGGUCAGGGAACACACUUCAGGGUGCCAACAAAGGUGACCGCGCCCCCGUGUUCAUCCUGGGACGGCCAAGAUGUGCGCGUGGAGGUAGUCUUCGAGCCGGAGUGUACGGGCGAGGUAGGGGACACGCUGGUCCUCUCGUCGGAGCAGCACGGGAGCUACCGCUGCAAGCUCAGGGGUCUGUGUAGCCCCCCUCUGCCGCAGGGGCCCUUCACAAUUGCCCCAGGUGGGCAGAGAGAGAUCCCCUUCCGGAACGUGUUCGCGGCGGCGAUGGACUUCACCUUUACGUGCGACAACCCUGCGUUUGCCGUGGUCAGCGGCGACAGGCAGAACGUCGCGGCCAAGACGUCCAAGUCGGUCACCAUCAAGUUCACUCCUACUACUACACAGACUACGGGUGGCAGUUCUUCUACUACCACUACAGCCGAGGCCAGCAGGAGUAUAGCGGGGAAGCUCAUCGUCCAGUGCGCUGGAGUCAAGGGAACGCCUCCGUGGGUGUUCUAUCUUCAUGGGAUUUCGCCGCCACCCGCGUAG